GAGCACAGUGUCAUCACAUGCGAAGGGACCCGGGACACCAGUAAGGCAACACUAAUUCCAGCUGCUCUCGCUCUCUGGCAUCUCUCUACUGCAGGCAGUUUGAACAGAGGACAGUAAGCUGUUAGGACACAAGCUCUUGAAUCUUGAGACCUCUGGUCUCGAACAUUUCGGGGGGCCCGUUUCAGGACAGUUGAAAUGCCGCAAAACAAUACUUUGAAAGGGGACCGUGCAAAUUCGGAGCUCAGCGGUGAAGAAUGGCUGUGUUCCAAGGCUGCAAAGAAUCUUGCUCCAGGCUUUUCAUCACUGCAAUGGAGUCCAGAGCCUUUUGGCAGAGCAGUCUCCACAGGGUCCUGCUUACACAUGGAGACUUUGGGUGACCAGUCGGAUUUGGCCCCAAAAGUUGAGACCAAGCUGUAUCACCGUCGUUGGUUCAUGCUGUUUCUCUUCAGUUUUGUCUCAGCAAGCAAUGCCUUCAUGUGGCUACAGUAUGGCAUUAUUAGCAACAUAUUCAUGCGUUUCUACAACAUUGAUGCUCUGGCUAUUGAUUGGUUGGCCAUGAUUUAUCUGCUCACUUACAUUCCACUUAUUCUGCCCAUCCUCUGGUUCUUGGACAACAGGGGCAUCCGGGAUGUUGUCCUCGUCGGGUCAGCCUUUAACUGCAUUGGCGCUUGGAUAAAAAUCGGUAGUGCCAGUCCAGAUACUUUCCCAGUGACCUUUUUUGGCCAGUUUGUGUGCUCAGUAGCCACAGUGUUUAUCCUCGGUAUUCCUUCAUACCUUGCCUCUGUGUGGUUUGGAGAGAAAGAAGUUUCCACCGCUUGCUCCAUAGGAGUUCUGGGAAACCAGCUGGGUAUUGCAAUCGGGUUCCUUGUGCCUCCUAUCCUGGUGCCUAAUGUGGACGACAUGGAUGAGCUGGCUCACCACAUCCGAAUCAUGUUCUACAUAACGGCAGGAGUGGCUACUUUACUCUUCAUCCUUGUUGUCUUCGUUUUCCAGGAGCGUCCUAAAAUUCCACCGACUCAGGCCCAGGCCACAGCUCGCAGCAUUCCACCAGAGCAGUACUCCUACAUAGCCUCCAUCCGAAACCUGCUGCGCAACAAGCCCUUCAUGCUCCUCGUCGUCACCUAUGGUCUGAACGUUGGUUGUUUUUAUGCUGUCGGGACCCUGCUGAACCGCAUGAUCAUCGUGCAUUACCCUGGAGAAGAAGUGAACGCCGGGAGGAUUGGCCUCACCAUCGUCAUCGCAGGGAUGGUCGGCUCCCUCAUCUGCGGUGUUUGGUUGGACAGAACGAAAACGUACAAGCAGACAACCCUUGCAGUCUACCUCUUGUCUCUGGUGGGGAUGAUCGUUUAUGCUGCUACACUCAGCCUGGGACACCUCUGGGUGGUUUUCAUCACUGCUGGAGUACUUGGGUUCUUCAUGACGGGCUACCUGCCACUGGGCUUUGAAUUUGCAGUCGAACUGACAUACCCAGAGUCAGAGGGAACGUCUUCUGGCCUCCUCAACUGCUCAGCACAGGUGUUCGGAAUUAUAUUCACCAUUUGCCAAGGCAAGAUCAUUGACAAUUACGGCACGCUGGCAGGAAACAUCUUCUUGUGUGUCUUUCUUCUGAUAGGCACAAUAAUGACAGCUUUAAUCAAGUCUGAUCUCAGGAGGCAAAAUGCUAACCUGCAGGCCAAAGCAGCCGAUUCUUCCGAGUGGCACAAUGGAAGCCUGAGUGCAUCUUCUGUUAUCAUCGAAGCCAAGCUUUAGACACAAACACACUAACAAGCCUCAAAAAUGACCGUGAUCUCAUCCCUGUUAUAGUGCAAAGGAAGCCUUUAGAUCAACUUGAUGGCUAAAAAAAGCUCUUUGAUCUGUAUAAUUACAUGAAUGAAAAUAAUGUCACUAAUCAGAAAUAUUUUUGUAAUAUUUAAAUAUAAAUGUUAUGAAUGAAUCUGCGAGACAAAUCUGAGAAACUUUUGUGCAUCAACAGUUUUAUUGGUAUAGUGCACUACUGAUUAUGUAUACGAUGAAAAAUCUUUUUUUCACUGUAUGCAAUAUGUAAAUACAGUGUAGGAUUUCUAGAAAUUUUAGGGAGAGAUUUUUUUUUAUGAAAUUAGGGAACUAUUUAUUUAGAAUUCAGGGAAAGAUUUAGAAAGGUUCUCUAAUCCAUAGCUUCUACUGUGAGGGAAGAACAGGAAAAAUAUGAUGAAUUAAGGUUGUGUAGUAUUUUUGUAACAAUCUUGUUUUACUUUAACAUGAAAUAAAAGCAUUGCAUAAACA